UUUGAGUGGCAAGUUGUUUGUUACAGCGAACACCAGCUGCUGCUGCGCCGGGCGCCGCGCUCCGCCGGGCGCUGUUUGCUUGUCCACCCCGUAGCUUGCUGCACCCCGCAGGUCCUCCCCAGGCCUCCUUUUUUUGCAACUUGCCAAGCUUCCUUUUUCUGGAUCGAGUACGAAUCAGCCCGGCAUCGAGCUCCGGGCCCCCUUCCCUGGGCCGGUUGCCCCACGGCUUGGGGCGCGCAGGGGGCGGGGGCCGCGGCUCGUCCCCGUCCCCCCCCCCCCAACUCGGGCCACCGCGGAUGAUCCGCCGUGGAGGAGCCCUGGGCGGACGAUGGAACUGCACAUUCUGGAACACCGGCUGCAAGUUGCCAGCGUCGCCAAGGAGAGUAUCCCGCUCUUCACCUACGGCCUCAUCAAACUUGCCUUCCUGUCUUCCAAGACCAGGUGCAAGUUUUUCAGUCUGACAGAGACCCCUGAGGAUUACACCAUCAUCGUAGAUGAAGAGGGCUUCCUUGAGCUGCCCUCCUCAGAGCACCUUAGUGUGGCUGAUGCCACCUGGCUGGCCCUGAACGUGGUGUCUGGUGGUGGCAGCUUCUCCAGCUCCCAGCCCAUCGGUGUGACAAAGAUCGCCAAGUCUGUCAUCGCCCCACUGGCCGACCAGAACAUCUCCGUGUUUAUGCUGUCCACCUAUCAGACUGACUUCAUCCUGGUGCGAGAGCGUGACCUGCCCUUCGUCACUCACACCUUGUCCUCGGAGUUCACCAUCCUACGGGUUGUCAAUGGAGAAACAGUAGCGGCUGAGAAUCUCAGCAUGACCAAUGGCUUUGUGAAGCCCAAGAUGGUCCAGAGGCCAGUGAUCCACCCACUAUCCAGCCCAAGCAACAGGUUCUGCGUCACCAGCCUGGACCCUGACACGCUGCCCGCCGUUGCCACCCUCCUCAUGGAUGUGAUGUUCUACUCCAAUGGAGUGAAGGACCCCAUGGCUGCCAGUGACGAUUGUGGCCACAUCCGCUUCUUCUCCUUCUCACUCAUCGAGGGCUACAUCUCACUGGUGAUGGAUGUACAGACUCAGCAGAGGUUCCCGAGUCAUUUGCUAUUCACGAGUGCAUCUGGAGAGCUCUGGAAGAUGGUUCGGAUAGGAGGACAACCCUUGGGAUUCGAUGAGUGUGGGAUUGUAGCCCAGAUCUCCGAGCCCUUGGCAGCUGCAGACAUCCCAGCAUAUUACAUCAGUACUUUCAAGUUCGACCAUGCAUUGGUUCCAGAAGAGAAUAUCAGUGGGGUUAUCCGUGCCCUGAAGGUCAGUCAAGCAGGGAAGCAUUAGAAAGGCUUCAUCUCUGGUCUCCUCCCUGCCACAGCCCACCUGGGCCUUUCCCCUCCACGACGGUUCUUGCAGUAUUUCCCUACGGACUGAAAGCUCGGCCCCAGGACCUUUAAGGAAGGGGCCUCUGGGACACUCCCCCAAUUCCUGACUCCUCCAGGCCUGGGCCUAAACUAGGGCCACCCCACAGCCUCCCCCUGCCUUCCAGAGUCCCCAGCCUUUUCAACCAUGACUCAGUUUCCCCUCAGUGGGGAUGUGCCCAUCUUCCUCCCCCAAGUUCCACCCCAGAAAGUGGUCUCCGAGGCCCAGGGCACUUGGGAACAGCCAAAGGCCUCACCUACAGCCUGCAGCAAACACCAAAGGAAGCUGGCACUUCCCACGAGACAUUGGGAUUGGGGUCCUGAUGCACCUAGGGACAUCUUAGGGAGCGGGUGGAGCAAGGUCGGGGGUGCAGAGCUGGGGAAGCCCCCGUGAGGCCCCCCAGGAUUGAUGGGUAUGGUUGCUGCCCCAGUUUUAGAGGCCCAGGGGCUGGUUCCCUCAGAAUGGACGCCAGCAGGCCACCCUCAGGUCAUAAUGGCCGGUGAGCCUCAGACAGUGGCAGUGGGGUCCCUACCCCUAAGCUGGGGAGGAAAACCAAGACCCUAGAUUCCCCACCUGCUGACCACACAGGGCCUGUGUCGAUUUCCUCUACAACUGCCAAGAGGGGCCCUGGGCCAAACUUCCCCCCAGGAGAACUUGUCCCUGGAGGGGAUCCCAGGGCACCUCCUCUCCCACCAGCCUAGAGCGCCAGCUUCUACCUGUCCUUUGUUCGCUCUCCCCAGACCCAACAUGGCUAAGCAAAGACUCAGCUUCUUCCAGCAAUGGGCAUCCCCACCUGCCCAGGCCUAGGGUGCCUUGGGCCAUGUCCCACCUCCCCAGCUGUCACUUAGACCAGCCUAGAGAACUCCCCUUCAUCCUCUCUACCCCACUUUUAGGGGGUGAAGAGACCUCAGCCCCUGCAGCUCAUAUACCUGCCUGAAAUCCACACGGCAGUCUGUGGGCACGGUGAUACCCGGGAGGCAGCUAUCUUCGAGCAUCUGUAGAGAAGAAUUACACUUGUGGGUUUCUUCUUUGUUGGUUUUGCAUACAGGUGGCUGGGGAAAGAGUAGUUUUGUUUGGAGGGGCUGGGGCCUGUUUGAGUCUUAUUAGGGUGCCCAGGGGUCAGUGGAACUUAGCACCCUGUGUCUCUGGGGACAGACACAGAUGCAAAGAUGUAUCCUAAGAAUCUUGGCUUCUGAGGAGAGCUAUUGGGAGCAGAGCUGUGACACAAGACACCAGGACCCCAUAGCACCCCCUACAGGGCAUCCCAGUGUAUGGCCACACGUUAGCUGGAACUGCGGGGGUCCGCUAGACUUUUUGCUCUUGGGGCGUUUUUUUUUCUCAGGCCUGUGUGCGGUCUCCAACAACAAGGUUAGAGGGGAGAAUGUUUAUUUACCCCUAUACAGUCUUGUAAAAACUGUGUUUCUCUCCUCUCUGGGCUGCAGAAACACACCCGGGUAGAAGAACUAUUCUAGAACCAUGUAGAAGCUCAGAACCCAGCAUGUUAAUCAAAGUCACCUCUGGUUGGUUUUAGUGGGUUUGCUUUGCUUUACUUUGCUUUGCUUUGCUUUUCUUUUCUUUUCUUUUCUUUUCUUUUCUUUUUUUUUUUUUAUUUAAACUCCUUUUGCACAAAACCCUUAAAACAACCAAAUCUUACUGUUUUCUGGUCCCAAAUGGGAAAUGGCCAAGUGGGCAGGGCUUUAUAGUGAGGCCCCCCAAGUCCCUCUUUUUUCUCCCUGGAAGGCCUUGAUUGUCCGGGGUGCACCUCUCUGUAACCCCUUCUGUCCCCCUUUCCAAUUAUCCCUCCCCACCGUAUAAAUGUGCUGGCCCCAUGCCCCAUGCCCCCUGCCCCAGAGUUUUGUGGACCCCUAGACUUGCUAGGAAGAGACUGUGUCUUGUACACACCUAUAAAUACGUGUUUUAUGUUGAUAGAGAUAUAUUCUGUAAAUAGCAUAUAUACUUGAGCAAUAUAUAUGUUAAUAUAUUCUGUGUGCGCAGGACACAGGCAAGGGCCCCACCUCAUGUGCGCACACUCGGGGACAUUCGGAGCCACCGUAUAUUUUUAAUUCAAGUAUGUAGGCAAUAUGAUGAUUGGAAAAGCCCUGGGGUCCUGAGACCAGAACCAACAGCCUACUGCAUAUAAGGCAGGUUGAGAGGCCAGUGUGGUCUGCUUCAUAGCUACUGUACCCCCAUUUCCACAGCCUAGAGCUCUGGAUGCCUUUAUUUUAUUUGGGGGAGGGGGCAUUGAUCCAGAGGAGGGAUUGGGAUUUUUUUUUUUUUUCCAUUUUAACAGUGGCUGCCUCCCUCAGGGUUACUCCAAAACCUUUGUCUGGUAAACCCAGCCUGCCUCCCUCCUCUCUGAGUCCCUUCUCUAUAGAAAGCUGUAGACCUGGCAAUUACCUGAUUUUUGUUAUUAUUGUUGUGUUAAUUGUUUUCUUGAGGCAGGG